AAUCGAUAUCGGGUGACGCAUACGAACAACAGCUCCCAGACAACCAAGAAACGCAAUAGCAGGAAAAAACUCAUUAAUUCGGGGUUUCUAGGUAAAAAAAAACAAAUCAGCCAGGAUGAGUUUCUUUGGGAAGAUGUUCGGUGGCAAGAAGGAGGUAGCGCCCACUACCGGCGAGGCGAUACAGAAGCUGCGUGAGACGGAGAACAUGCUCAUCAAAAAGCAGGAGUUCUUGGAGGCCAAGAUCGAGGACGAGUUGAAUAUAGCUCGCACGAAUGCGUCCAAAAACAAAAGAGAACUGGCCCUGCAAGCCCUCAAAAAGAAGAAGCGCCUGGAAAAGCAGCUACAGCAGAUCGAUGGAACCCUAUCCACCAUUGAGAUGCAACGCGAGGCUCUGGAGAGCGCCAACACGAACACUGCCGUCUUGACAACAAUGAAGAAUGCCGCGGAUGCCCUCAAAACUGCCCACCAGAACAUGGAUGUGGACAAGGUGCACGACAUGAUGGACGACAUUGCCGAGCAACAGGAUGUGGCGCGUGAGAUUUCCGAUGCCAUUUCUAACCCAGUGGCCUUUGGGGCCGAUCUCGACGAUGAGGACCUCGAGCGGGAACUCGACGAGUUGGAGCAGGAGAACUUCGACAAGGAAAUCAUUGGCAUUCCCGAGCCGACGCCCACCUUGCCCGAAGCGCCCACAGAAGAUUUGCCCGAGAAGGCCAAGGAGAAGAAGAAGGCGGCUACCACGACGGCUGGACCGGCUGAUGACGAUGAUCCAGACAUGAAGCAGCUGUUGUCCUGGUCCUCGUAAAUAAAAGCUCGAUCGAAAUCUCCUCAAUGUUCUGCAGAUUCACCCCCAACCCAAACUUUUUUGUUUUAAUUAAUAAUCAAUAAUGUUAAUUAAGCCAAAAUUUUAGUUCGAAGCGAAGGAGAGAAAAACAAGGCAUUAAAUCCUUUGGCAAUUAUCAAAUGAUACAUCUAAUAGGAAUGUGAUUUAACAAAUAAACGGAGCAUAGUCAGGCCACGCAACAGAAACCAACAGUAAAUAUCCGCUGCAUAAACAA